AUGGCCGACCUUAUGAACAAGAUCAAGGAGACACUCGUUCCCUCCAACAAUGAGAACAGCAACACUGGCUCUCACCAGGAGUCCCAUAACAGUGGUUCUCUCCGCGAGACUUACAACACCAGUUCAAACAACGCCGAGUCAUUUAACAACACCUUCAACAACACAAACCAAAACAACCAGCGAGAACUUGGUUCCAACUCCAACAUUUCUCCACUUGAUGCAACAAGCACCCAGAACCAGCAGACCGAGGGUGUCCGCACAGGGGACAGGAUCAACUCCCUGGUAGAGAAUGUGCCCGGCGUUCCCUCCACACAGUCAAAGCCUUCCAAUACUGAGUCUUACCAAAACGACAUGCACAAGUCUCCCGGCGCUACUCUUGACGCUACCCGUGCUCCUCCUUCUGCUCUUAGGGAGCACCUUGGAGAGCCUAUUAUUGAGCAUGACUAUCCCCAUGAGAGCACGACUAAGCGUCAUUCUUCUGUUAGUCACCAGGAGGAGCACUAUAACCUCAACUGA